AAUAACAUCGGUCCUCCCCACCCCUGGGUCGGUAAAAAGCUGAGGGAUGGGGAUGGAGUAAUGGAAGCACUAUGUAAUUCAGAGGCAUAGCGAGGAGUAAUAUUGUCUUGUGUAUUACCACCUAAAUCCUUUCAUUAGUUAGAGUUAUUUUUCCAUAUCCGUAGAGUGUGAGUAUCGAUUGCUCUGUGGUGUAUUGCUCUCGCCUGGCUGCAGUACCUUCAGGUCAGCAGCGGGAGUUUUCCCUCAGUCUGUUUUCAGAACUGAAAAUCAACCUGAUUUCAACUGGUGGUCGUUGGGAAAGGAGGACCAAAAUGCAGCAGGAUUGUGGAUGUUGACGUUUUAUUUACUCCAAAUAUGAACACCAAAAUAACAAACAACGAACUCACGAUCAACACAACAGUCUUAUCAGAGAUGCCGUCUAACGUGGAGAUCAAGGCGAGGGUGAGCAAUGCGACACGAUUGGCGGAGAGAGCCAGCCAGCUAAGCCAAUCAGAGGGAACAGUAAUCCGCCAGCAGGACACGUUCUUCAACUGCAGAACCGGACGGCUUAAACUACGCAACCUGAUGCAGGAUGGGAGUGGUCAGCUGAUCUUCUAUGAGAGACCAGAUUGUGACGGGCCCAAGGUGUCCAACUACUCUCUCUCUACUACACAGGACCCAGAGGGGCUCAGGACUGUGCUGGCUGAUUCUCUAGGGGUAAAGGGCGAGGUGAGGAAGGAGAGGAGGCUGUUCCUGGUUGGUCAGACGAGGGUUCAUUUGGACUCAGUGGAGGGUCUGGGCCACUACAUGGAACUGGAGGUGGUGCUGAGGGAGGACCAGAGGCCUGAGGAGGGGGAGGCGAUUGCUCGCAGCCUGAUGAAGGAGCUCGGUGUCGGGGAUGACAGCCUGGUGACAGGGGCCUACGUGGACCUCUUGCUGGAAGGCCAGGGAUAGCAACUCACAGUACAUCUGACCCUCUCAUGCAGGACUAAAUCAUUCCCAUAACGGAGUGCGAAAGCAACUGGAAAAAUGUUUUGUAAUAAAAAGUAAAAUAGCAAA